AUGGCGAUGAAUAUCAUUAACAUAUUCGCCACCCUAAUUUAUGUCUGUAAAUCGGUGACAAAUCAAAUACUCAAUGAUGCUUGUGGUGAAUUUAAAUCGGGCCGGCUCACCGCCAUAUUGGGUCCAUCGGGUGCUGGUAAAACAUCACUGUUAAAUGCUCUCUCCGGUUUCAAGGCUUCUGGUGUAACGGGAAAUAUUGAAUUGAAUGGCAGACCACGAAAUAUUGUCGAAUUUCGUAAAAUGUCAUCAUAUAUUCCGCAAAAUUUUGCAAUGUUGGAUCUAUUAACAGUUCAGGAGACACUGAGAGUUUCGACGGAUUUGAAAUUACCUGCAGAGACAACAAUACAAGAGAAGGAUAAAAUUAUCAACAACAUUUUGGAAAUGUUAAACCUCACCCACAGUCGUCACACCUUGGUACAAAAUCUAUCGGGCGGUGAAUAUAAACGUUUAUCAAUUGGCGUUGAAAUGGUCACAAAUCCUCCCAUUAUGUUCUUCGAUGAACCGACCAGUGGUCUGGACAGUGUUGCAUCCUAUCAAAUUAUAUCCUAUCUGCGUAAAUUGGCCCGAGAUGGUCGGGUCAUUGUGUGUGUGGUCCAUCAGCCAAGUUCUAGAUUGAUGAAAUUAUUCGAUGAUAUUAUGGUGGUGUCAAAGGGUUGUAUUCUGUAUUCUGGGGCACAGGACGGCAUGUUGGAGCAGUUUAAAAAAUCCGGUUUCGAAUGUCCACAAUAUUAUAAUCCAGCUGAUUAUGUGUUGGAGGUCAGCAGUGAUUUUACAAAUCCUUUACUAUCGAAACUUAUCUAUGAAAAUAGAUUGAAACACAAUGCGGACAGGAAAAUGGCAAAUUAUAAUGGAAAUUCGGAAUCGGCCGCCCUUUUAAAAGACUCAAAUUCUACACCAGCAGCACCCCUCCACACAACUGUCGAUAUGCUUAGCACAAUUUCUCUGGAAGCCGAGGGUAUACGACCCAAGGAAAGGGUAUCUGUUUGCAGACAAUUUAUGGUCUUACUGAAAAGAUCCACCACCUCAACCUAUCGGAAUAUGCUCUCGGUGCGUCUUCGGAUAAUUAUGCACAUUGCUGUGGCCAUUCUGUUGGGUGUGGUAUUCUGGCAGAUUGGCAAUGAUGGAGCCAAGACCCUCACAAAUGCCUCGUGUAUAUUUUUCGUUGUCAUGUUUGUCUUCUUUGGCAAUGCCAUGCCCUCGAUAUUCCUCUGUCCCCAGGAAUGUGCGGUGUUCAUAAGGGAAUACCUGAAUGGCUGGUAUUCCAUCAAAUCCUAUUAUAUAGCAAAAAUUAUAUCCGAUUUACCCUUGCAAUUUGUGUGUCCAACAUUGUUGACAUGCAUUGCAUACUUUAUGACGGGCCAACCCAUGGAACUGGGUCGGGCCGUUAUGUUUUGGGGUAUGUGUCUGCUGACGGGGAUGAUUGGACACUUUAUGGGCCUUGUGUGUGGUUCAAUGUUUCAAAUGCAGAUGGGUGUUUUCCUGGUACCAUGUCUCACCAUACCCUUGUUAAUCUUCUCCGGUUUCUUUAUACGCAUUUUCGAAGUGGCCUCGUAUUUAAAAAUACUUUGUGAUAUUUCAUUUUUCCGCUAUACCAUAGAGGGCUUGCUGCGCGCAUUAUAUGCCUAUGACCGUCCGGAACUGGAGUGUAAUCUUGAUUUUUGUUAUUAUCGACAGCCGAAGAAGUUUCUUAAGGAUUUUGGAAUGUUUGGUGAUCUUUAUGGGCAGGAUGUAAUGGCCUUGUGUAUAUGGAUUGUGGCUUUAAUGGUAUUAUUUUUAUUCAGUUUAUGGGUGCGCAUCAAAAAGGCACUGUAG